AUGUCUAAUACCCUAUCUCUUUUAUUAUGUAUCAUGAUCUGUUCAAUAGGAGUACUUGAAUUGGUGAGCUCAGAUGUUAAGACUAAUAGGCUGGUGAUUCCUAUUGAUCAACACGAUAUCAUCAGAAUCGGCAGAAGCAAACAACUAUGUGAUAUCAUUAUAAAUAGUAUAAGGGUAUCACUGUUGCAUUGUAUGAUCUGGAGUGUCAAGUUUGACAAGGACACUCCAGCAUUGGUUUACAUCAAGGAUAUGGCACUCAAUGGUACCACAGUCAAUGGCGAGAUGUUAGGUAAAGGAACCACUCGAGUGCUUGAGAACUUGGAUACCAUUGAGAUCCAAUCCCUGGUUCAAAUUGUAUGGAAGAGAUUGGACGAAUUAGAAAUAGAUUUAGGCUUGGCCUUAGAUAUAGAUAUGGAUAUAGAUCGUAGAUUAUUUUCCCAUGUUGCUAAAGUCCUGGAUUGGACAAUAACAAAUACCAUAGUUGGUUCUGGAUCAUAUGGUACGAUAUAUGUUGGUCAUAACUCAAGAUAUAGUACUCUAUUUGCAGUUAAGGUGAUUAGGAACUACUCUAGUGAUGCUAGAAAGAGAAUUAUACAUGAAUCACAGUUGCUUACAAAGAUAUGUCAUCCCAAUAUCAUUAAAGUACAUGAUACUCAUGUUAGAGGAUCACAUCUCUAUAUUAUGGAAGAUCUCAUUUGUGGUGGAGACCUUUUCUCUUACUUAAGUAAUGGUACUAAGUUAAGGACAUUGCCUGAAAGUGAAACAAUCUUCAUCAUAUACCAAUUGUUGCAAGCUUUGGAUUACUUACAUAAUCAUCUUAACGUGUUGCAUAGAGAUAUUAAGUUGGAUAACGUUUUAUUGGACUUGCCUGUGCCCGGAUCUAGGGUUUACCUUUGUGACUUUGGUACUGCUAAACAGUUGUCUUCAACAUUACAAAGAACACGUACUGUGGUUGGUACAGCUGAGUAUUUAGCCCCAGAGAUAUUCAAUUCCAUUGAAUCUACUUGUUCUGGCUACAACAAUAAAUGUGAUAUGUGGGCUUUAGGGGUCAUGUUAUGUAUCAUGCUUUCAGGUAUUUCACCAUUCGCUCGUGAUGAUCAUCAUACAAACCAUAUGUUACUCAUUGAUGGGUUUGCACAUAUUUCCAAGCAAUCAAAGAACUUUGUUAAAAGACUUCUAUACUUCGAUAUUAGAAAGAGGAUGUCUGUAACAGAUUGUUUGAAGCAUGUGUGGAUCACAGGUAAUGAAAAGAGAUUGGCUUCAAAGUAUUCUAAAGUGUGUCAAGUGAGAAAAAAAUGA